UGAUUCUUCAUCUCUGAAUCUUGGGUUUCCUCAAUCCUUCCUCACGUGAAGAAAGUUUUGUUCUUUAUGUGUAUUUCUAUCUCAUAAAUGUAGUGUCCCAAAAAAAAUGACGGCUUGACCUAGAGAGAGAGAGACUGUAAAAGUUUGGUAUAGAAAAGUGGGCCUGAGCAGUGAAAAGAAGAGCUAUCAGAAUAUGGGGUGUUUGGCCAUUGGAAGUCUGUAGAGUUGAGUGAUGGCAAUUUGGGUGCUGUUUUUAUCCAUUUUAGACUUCUGGGGUUGUCUAGUUUGUGGUCUCUUUAACACUUCACACACACUGCCCUAAUUACUACUCUCACCUAUUAAAAAGUCUUCUGUUUCAUAAUUGCAAUUCCUGUUUCUUUAGUAAAUGCUUUCAUUUCUAUGAUUUUUAGAUAUUUCUCAUGCUCUCUCCUAACCAAUAUUGCCUUCUUGAUGAAAAUAGAUAAGUUUAGUUUAGAUCCCAGCUCCAAGAUUUAGCUUGUUUCUGGAUUACCUUGUUGGAUUUUGAGUGUGGUGGGUUCUGUUCUUGAAACAAGUUUUGACAAUGGAUUCUUUUUGAAGAAAAUGAAUUGAAUUCUGAAGUUCUAACUAUUGCCUUUCUCUCACGGGUUAUCAUUUUACAGUUGUUGAUUAAAAUAGAUUAGUUUAGUUUAAAUCCCAUCUUCAAGAUUUAUCUUGUUUCUUGAUUCCCUUGUUGGAUUUUGAGUUAGGUGGAUUCUUUUCUUAAAACAAGAUUUAAGAGAGGAUUCUUUUUCAAGAACAAGAAUUGAAUUCUGAGUUCUAACUAUCCUAGAUAGAUGCCUUCUGUUGAAUCGAGUAGCUCCGUGUGGAGUAGGGAGCAGGAUAAGCAGUUCGAGAAGGCGAUAGCUGCUUACCCUGAGAAUUCUGCGGAUAGAUGGGAGAAAAUUGCGGCUGAUGUUUCUGGGAAAUCAGUGGAGGAGAUUAAGCAUCACUAUGAAGUCUUGGUUGAUGAUGUUAGCCGCAUAGAAUCCGGUUUCGUUGAGGUUCCUAGCUACAAUCCCUCCACGGAUGGCUCAUCCAGCCUUGCUGGUGGCGACGGGGCUGCUAAAAAAGGAGGCAGUUUCGGCCAUUUGAACAGUGAUGCCAAGUCGUCCCGCGCAGAUCAGGAGCGCCGGAAGGGGAUUGCUUGGACAGAGGACGAACAUAGAUUGUUUCUCCUUGGUUUGGACAAAUACGGAAAAGGCGACUGGAGGAGCAUUUCUCGUAACUUCGUGGUGACAAGGACGCCAACGCAGGUGGCCAGCCACGCGCAGAAGUACUUCAUCCGUCUCAAUUCCAUGAACAAGGACCGGAGGCGUUCCAGCAUCCACGACAUCACCAGCGUUGCCAACGGGGACGUCUCCACCCCCCAAGGUCCGAUCACCGGCCAGACCAACGGGAGCCCGCCUGCCAAGGGCGCACCAGCGGGAGUGGCCGUGUACGGCGCUCCAGCAGUCGGGACGCCGGUGAGCCUUCCUCCGCCACCACACAUUGCCUACGUCCCGAUGGUGCCUGGCCCCCCGAUGUCGUACCGGGCCUCGGUUCACAGGUGAUGGUCGUGAUGAAAUCUAAUGGACUGUUUAUUGAUUUAUUUCCACUUGAGAAAUGAUUUUUUUUGUGUAUUUUUGCUUUAUAAAUGUUGUUUUAGACCAUUUUCAUAUUUUUAUUUAUUAUCUUAUUGGUUUGGAAUAGUUGAUUGGGAGAGAGAAUAUUGUAUACGUGAGAUUAGGAUUGGAAAAUAUUAAUAUGACUAUAUUGAGACUUUA